AUGGCACCUCCACAAGUUAGAAGGUCCGCCAGGUUAGACCAAUGCCCGAAAAGUCAAGAUAACCCGGUGAAGCAGCCUAAGAAAAAAUUGGGGUUCAAACCAAAGCAACCGAAAAAGAGUAAAAAAGCAAAACAAUUCAAAAAAGCCGCUGCUCAAAGACAAAGCCCAAUUGAUAUCAUCCCACAACAUGUGUGCUGUGACACCGAUGUUUGCAAGGCUGAUGCUCUCAACAUCGACUAUAAGCCAGGAGACUGCUGUGACGUCAUUGUUAACGAAGGCGGAUUCCGUGUAAAUGUGAAGAGAAACUGCGGGACAUUCCUCACCGCUAACCAUCUCCCCUCCUCAAAAUUCGAGUUGGCUCAAUUUCAUGCUCACUGGGGAUGCAACUCAAAGGAAGGGUCCGAACACCUGUUGGACGGAAAGAAACUCAGCGGAGAGGUUCACUUUGUGUUCUGGAACACCACUUAUGCAUCGUUCAAUGAGGCUAUCGAGCAGCCAGACGGACUUGCUGUAGUUGGAGUUUUCUUGAAGGAAGGAAAGUAUAAUGACAACUACCACGGUCUAAUUGACACCGUGCGCAAAGCCACCGGAAACAACACGCCAAUUGCCAUGCCAAAGGACUUCCACCUAGAGCAACUUCUUCCAACACCCGAAAAGAGAGAAUUCGUCACCUACCUCGGCUCUCUCACCACGCCGCCAUUCAAUGAGUGUGUCAUCUGGACACUUUUCACUGAGCCUGUCGAAGUGUCAUACGGACAGCUAAACGUGCUCCGUAACAUCAUCCCUGCCAAUCAUCGUGAAUGCCAAGACAGAUGCGGCCGUGAAAUCCGAUCCUCUUACAACUUUUAA